AUGUUUGGGAUGUUCGGGCUCUGGAGCACCUUCAGCAGUGCGCUCUCCUACCUCACCCUGGCCGUCUGCCUCGGAGGGCUGGCGGGGAACGGGCUUGUCCUCUGGCACCUGGGCCUCCACAUUAAGAAGGGCCCCUUCUCCGUCUACGUCCUCCACCUGGCGGCCGCCGACUUCCUGUUCCUCUGCUGCCAGACAGCCGCCUUCGUCGCCCAGACCGCCCUGGGCGUCCGGGACACCCUGUACCUCGCCAUCACUUUCGUGGGCUUCUCGGCCGGGCUGGGGCUGCUGGCGGCCUUCAGCGCCGAGCGCUGCCUGUCCUACGUCUGCCCCACCUGCUACGCGGGCUGCCGGCCCAGACACACCUCGGGCGUCGCGUGCGGCCUCCUCUGGGCCCUGAGCCCCCCCGCUGUGCUGCUGCCGGCCCAUGCCUGCGGCCUGCUGCGCGCCCGCGCCAGCCCCCUGGCCUGCCUGCGGCACCAAGCGGCCAGCGUCGCCUGGCUGCUGUCCCUGGCCUGCACGGCCUGCGCCGCGGCCCUCCUCCUCUUCCUCUGGGUGACCUGCUGCUCCCAGCGCCCGCGGCCCAAGUUCUACGGCAUCGCCCUGGGCUCCGCUCUCCUGCUCUUCUUCUGCGGCCUGCCCCUGGUCGUCUACUGGAGCCUGCGGCCCUUCCUCAACCUCUUGCUGCCCGUGUUCCUGCCGCUGGCCACCCUCCUGGCCUGCGUCCACAGCAGCGCCAAGCCGCUCAUCUGCUUCGCCGCCGGCCGCCAGCCGGGCAGACGCGAGCCGCUGCGCGCGGUUCUGCAGAGGGCCCUGGGGGAGGAGGCCGGGCUGGGGGCCAGGGGGCAGUCCCUGCCCAUGGGCCUCAUAUAG